AUGGGCAGUGAUAGUGAGACGAAUAGUAGCAUUGAAAUCAAGGUAGUUGACCCUUGUGCCAGCUCAGAAUCGGAUUCAAAUGCUGCAAUUGAUAUGCAAUCUGAUGCAUAUCCCAGUCCAAUGAAUGUUUUGACAAAUGCAAGUGUUAAUCAAGGCAAUAAAUCUUCACUCGGAAUACCUGAAAAAAAACAAUCAUUUGAGAUCCCUUUGGUAAAUAUAAGUUCUAAUGAUAGUAGUAUAUGGGAAAAAGAUCUUGCUGUUGAUCCCUCAGUCAAAGAUAAACAAAUGGAUAAUUUAGAAAGUGAAAAUGAGGAGUUGGACAAUAGACAAAAUGUUCAAAACAUUCCAUUGGACAAUCAAAUUGAAUAUGCAUGUGAUGAGGAUGAGGUUAUUACAGUAGUUCAAAUUGUUGAAGAUGAUAAUCAAGAGCUUUAUUAUAAUAUUAAAAUAGACAGUCCAGAAAAUGAUUCUCAUAUGCAACAGAGUAAUUGUAAAGAAUUGGAAAACAAAACUUUUGAUUCGGAUUUCCAGACACAUUUUGCCAAUCUGAAUCUAGCAUCACAGUCUCAGGUGCCGAUGGAUUGUUUGAGUGUGAAUUAUUCACUAACCCCUCACUGUAAUACACCUGAUAUGUUUUCAAAGGACAACUCUAAUGACCUGGCAAGGCCAGAUCCCAGCUUAACUCCAAGUUCUACUUUAUCUGAUGAUAGCAACUGUUCACGUGUCACUGAACAUACCCAAAAUAACUCAGCAGAUUCUCAGAUUCACCAGAACUCAGAUUCAGCAGAAUCCUCUCCAACAGGAGUUAGAAGAUCUAAUCGUAUUAAGACGAUAAGCAAUCUAAAACAGAAGACAAAAGGAUAUGGUUUAGUUAAGACACCAUUAAAGAAAGCUUUAAUUACUCAAACAAAAUUAAAACUUGAAGAGUUAGGAUCAGACAGCCAAGACAAGCUUGGCGAAAUAACAUCCAAUACAGCAUCAAGUUCGUCACAUUUCCCAAUUCCUUCAGAGAUGCCUGUCAAAGUAAAAUCCAGGUGGCGGAGAUCAAGUGAGUUGGAAAUGGGUGCUAAUUCCCCAGCCAUUUCACCUCUGGCUAGUCCAGGCCUACCGCAGCGUUUACCACCCCAAGUAGAGGAACAAAAUCCUACUGAUGAAGAAAAUUCUGUAAUAGAGCUAACUAAAGAGGCUUAUGAUAAAAUAAUAGCAGAAAGAAUGGACCAGUACCAACAUUUAGAUGAGAAUGAUUAUUUGUGUGAUCGCAUGAUUAGUAGAGACACAAAAAAGAUGAUAUGUGAUUGUUUUAUGACCAAAGAAGAGUUAGAUCGUGGAGAACUAGCAUGUGGAGAGGAUUGUCUGAACAGGUUACUUAUGAUUGAAUGUAACUCGCGUUGUCCUGUUGGUGAACGUUGCACAAAUAGAAGAUUCCAGAACAGGGAAAAUGCAGCACUGAAAGUUUUCUAUGCUGAUAAAAAAGGUUGUGGGGUUGAAGCCAGUGUUGAUAUUCCAGCUGGAGAAUUUCUCAUGGAGUAUGUUGGAGAAGUCCUUGACUAUGAACAAUUUUAUAAACGUGCUCAAACUUAUUCUGAUGACAACAACCUCCACCACUACUUUAUGUCGUUAAAGGGCGAUACAGUAAUUGAUGCAACAAUGAAAGGCAACAUAUCACGGUUCAUAAAUCAUUCAUGUGAACCCAAUGCAGAAACGCAGAAAUGGACGGUCAAUGGAGAACUCAGAAUAGGAUUUUUCAGCAAAAGAGACAUUCCAUCUGGUGAAGAGAUCACCUUCGAUUAUCAAUUCAGACGUUUUGGCAAGGUGGCGCAGCGGUGCUACUGCGGCGCGGAGAACUGUCGCGGAUGGAUAGGGGCCGAGCCCGACUCCGAUGACGAAGAUGAAGAGGAGGAUGAAGAUGUCACUACAUCUAAAUCUGGGACAACCGAAUCUUCUGAAGAGUCUCGUUCAACGGAUAUGCUUUCAGAGCGUCCUCAGCCGCGAGUGCGCAAGACCAAGGGAGAAAGGAAAUACAAAUCUAAGGCUCCAGAUUUGGUGCAGGAUGCUGAUAUCGAAGAGGACCUCGAGGCGCUGAGCCGCACGGGCGUGAAGAACCAGAGCCACACGCUGCGCCUGUCGCGGACGGUGGUGCGCGCGAAGACCCGCCGCGCCCAGGCGGCGCUGCUGCGGCUGCUGCGCGACGCCGACCUGCCGUGCCGCCGGCUGUUCCUCGACUACCGCGGGCUGCGGCUGCUGGCGCCCUGGUGCGCCGACGCCAACACCGAGUUCAGACUUGAAAUGCUCCUGACCGUGGACCGUUUACCAAUCACGAACAAAACGAUGGUGCAAGAGAGCCGCUUCUUCACAAUCGUCGAGAGAUGGCGAAAUGCCGUCGACCCUCCAGCUGAACCUGUGUUCAUUGAUGAGGCCACUGGGUUACCAGUAGAACUGCCUAAUACGACAAGUCAAGAUAAUGUUGCAGCAGCAGAGAAGAACAGAGAAAAUGCAGCAAUGCUGGAGAAGGUUAGAGACCUCUCGAGUCAGCUGUUGGAAAGAUGGUCCAGUUUGAAGGAGGUGUUUAAAAUCCCCAAGAAAGAGAGAAUACAACAAAUGAAGGAGCACGAGCGACAAGCGAACGUGGAAAGGCGAGCGGCUGACUCCAGUGGCUCGCGCGACCGCGAGCGUGAACGCGAACGCAGGGACGAGCGAGAAAGACGGGAUGAUAGGGAACACCGCGAGAGGGAGCGGGAGAGAGAGAGAGAGCGCGAACGCGAACGCGAGCGCGAGAAAGAAAGGGACAGAGAGAGGGAACGGGACCGCGAUCGGGAAAGGGACAGAUAUAGAGAUCGGGAACGCGACCGUGAUAGGGAGAGAGACAGAGAUGAUAGAGACCGUAGAAAAAGAAGAGGGAGCCCCGAUGGGAGGAGAAGUAUUAGGUUAAGCGAACGCGUGCUGGCUGCGGUGCCCCCGAUGAGUAAAGAGGAACGUCGGCGUGCAUUCGCCGAGGCGGCCGCGGCUGCUGACGAGUCGCGAAGGCAGCGGGAACAGCCUACGUGGCCCUAUUGGCCACAGUCUGAGGGCUUCGCACAGAUGUUUCCACCUGGCAUGAUGGGUGGGCCGCCUAAUAUGUUGGGGCCUAUGAUGCCGGGUCUAGUUCCGGGCAUGCUACCUUCAGACGCACCCAGCGAGUGGCUGGGUCCCAAUGGGGAGUACCAAGGACCACCUGCCUUCUGUCCACCCUUCCCAGGAGCCCAGUUUUGUAUGCCACAGCCUAAUAUGAUGGGCUUCGGGAUGGGCGGGUUCAUGUUUGGGCAGCAACUGUCGUCAUACCCGCAGCCAAUUUCGGCCGGGGCCCUGCCUGCGUCAACGCAGGCCAUGCAGCCCACGCAGCCCACUACGCAAACGAUGCCCACUUUGCCCACGAUGCUCACACAGCCACCGCAUAGUGCGCCGCUCACACAGCCCACUGCGGACACCCCGAAUGAGGCGAGCGAGGAGGGCGAGCAGAAGGUGGUGGUGCUGCCCUCUAUGUGGCGCAGCGCGAAGGACCCCCGCGGCCGCACUUACUACUACCACGUGAAGCUCCGCCGACCCCAGUGGACCCCGCCGGCGCCGCCGCCCCUCUCGCCCGGUGAUGAGAGUUCGUCCGAGGACGAUAUGGAGCCAAUGAGCGCGCUCGACACUGCGGUGGUGAGGCGGCAGGUGAAAGGGAAACUAGUGGAGGGUGUCAACGGCAUAUAUGAAGUUAUUAAGACGGAUACGCAUAACGGCUUGAUACCUGACCACGCCCUGCUUUCUUUGAAGCCGAGAAAGCGUCGGCCUGGAUUGGUUUCCGAGAGGCCAAUUAGCCCACGGACAGAGGAAGAUAAACUAGCGGGCCGUAUGGAGGUGAAGCGGUACAAGCAGACUAAGGAGAAGCUGAGGCGGAGGCGGGAGCGUUUGCUGCAGCGGGUCAGACUCCUAGCAGCCGCCAGGCCGCGACGCCAUCCUCUCAAGAUCCCGGAGCUGGACGAGUUCGAAACGGACUCGGAGGCGGACUCUGAGGAGGCGGGCGAGAAGGCGGCCGCGGCCGCCGCGCCCUCGCCGCCGGACCUGGACGCCGAGGAGUCCGGCCCUGCGGCCGACUCGGAGGAGGCGGCGCGCAGGAUCAAGGAGCAGUUCCGCAGCGGGAUGGCGCGCGUCAUGGUGCAGCACCUCAACCCGUACCGGCACUCGGACGCGCCGGCGGGCCGGAUCACGUGCACGGCCGACUUCAAACACCUCGCGAGGAAGCUGACACACUUUGUGAUGCUGAAAGAGCUGAAGCAUUGCCGUUCUGUGGAAGAGCUUGUUGUCACAGACUCUGUCCGUACUAAAGCCAAGACUUUCGUGAAGAAGUACAUGGCCAAGUUCGGUCCGGUGUACAAACGGCCCCCCGAGGAGGCAGAC